UACCCAAACCCAUAACCCACACAAUUCACCAACUCUAUUACAGCACACACAACACACGUAUAUAUAUAUAUAUAUAUAUGCAUGCAACACUCGAGAAUUCAUCAUCAUCAUCAUCUGAUCCUUGAAUCUUCCUCCAAAUUUCAGCUUUCUCCUCCUUCAAUCCUAUUCAAAACCCUAAUUUCUUACAGAAGAAAUGGAUAUUGAGAAGGCAUCGAGAAGACAAGAAGAGGAACCCAUUGUUCAAAAGGUGAAGCUGGACAAAGGCAAAGGGAAAGCUGUGUUUGCUCCUCCGGCUAACUAUAAGGAUGUCCUGGACCAAAGGAAGCAAGAACAAGUGAAAGCCGACGGCUUGAAGAGAGGUGUGGCCAUUUUCGAUUUCGUCCUUAGACUGAUUGCGGCCAUUACCGCCAUGGCCGCAGCUGCGAAAAUGGCUACCACCGACGAGACUCUUCCGUUCUUCACCCAGUUUUUGCAGUUCCAAGCCGACUACACCGAUCUACCGACUUUCUCGCUUUUCGUCAUAGCAAAUGCGAUCGUUGGAGGGUACCUCACCCUCUCCUUGCCCUUCUCCAUCGUCUGCAUCAUCCGCCCUCUCGCCGUGCCUCCGAGGCUCUUCUUGAUCAUCUGUGACACGGCGAUGGUGGCGGUGACGACGGGGGUCGCGGCUGCAUCAGCUGCGAUAGUGUACUUAGCACAUAACGGGAGUCCGAGCGCCAACUGGCUGCCCGUAUGCCAGCAGUUCGGAGAUUUCUGUCAGGGGACAAGCGGAGCUGUCGUGGCUUCCUUCAUCGCGGCUGCCCUUCUCAUGCUCCUCGUUGUCUUGUCCGCUUUUGCUCUCCGGAGAUGAUCAUCAACUUGAAAGAUUUGAUAUGAAACCACAUACACACGCAUAUAUAUACAUACAUAUAUAUAUAUACAGUUUCAUCAUUUUACGUGUGUUUUCUUUUCAGGAUCUCAAUUUGUCUGCUCCUUUUGUUUUUGUUUCCGAAUUCAUUUGUGUGAUUUGGUCUGUUUUUUUCUAAUGUUUGUGUAAUUGUAAAUGUUGGAUUUAAUUGUGAACGGAAGUUUAAAGUCUUCCAUUCUAUAUAUAUCAAUC